AUGGUUCGUUUAAAUUAUGACUGUUUAGUGGUUCUUUUUGAAAAUUUUGUUGAUGAACCAGGUGGUUAUGGUUUAUUGUAUAAUUGUGCACUAUUAAAUCGUGAGUGGAGAACUAUUGCGGAUAGCUUUCUAUAUGCGGAUCCAUGGAAGUAUUGGUUGUAUCGGUCAAAGGAUUACGACACUGCCAGAAAAUUAAUCGAUACAUAUAUGAUGUGUUACGAUGCGGUCGACACUUCUUCGCAUGAAAUGGAAAGAGAAGAUGAAGAAGGAAGGCCUCAAACGAGAAUUCGUAUUGAAGGUCCAAAUAACGGGAAUAAUCAACGACUUCCUUUAUAUGAUUAUAUCGCAUUUGCGAAAAAUUUACAUAUCCCUUCAUUAUAUCAAUGUAUAUCAUUAUGGUAUAAUUUUUAUCAUGAAGAUGAAAGAGAAGAAAACGAUCAGUCAAUUUAUCAUUUAUUUCUGAGAAUUUUCGAAUUAUUUGUUGUUAGAGCUCGUAUUCAAGAAUGUACCUUUGCGGAAUCAACAGAGGAUAACAAAUAUCCUGUAACAUCAGAUCAAUUGGAUCGACUUAUAAAUCGAGGUCAUAUGGUAGAUUUAAAAUAUUUGAAUUUCGGAUUUUUUCAAUGCGAUUCUGAUGGGCUGAUUGGGAUAACCGGAAAGUGCGAUAAACUUAAAACCUUUAAGAUUUCAGCGCAAAAAUGUUCGGAUGAAGCAUUGGAAAAUUUUAUAAGAACACAAAGAAGUUUAACAAAGCUCAAAAUACGUAAUGCGGAAAAGAUCAAUUUAACCUUGGAAGCACUUGAAACUCAAUCAUCAUCAUUGGUUAAACUUCGAAUUCUUAGUUGUAAUCUUAAAAGUUGUAAUACACCUUUUAACGGUAUCGCAGCUUGCUCAAAACUUCGUUCGAUUUAUAUGAGAAAGAUUAUUGAUUGGCCUAGGAAUGUAUCUCCUUCAACCCUUUUAAUGCCAUUGGCGACAAAUUGUGAAUUUCACAACGUUGAUUUUUCUAAUACUUACCUACCGGCUGAUGUUUUGGUUGAAAUCGCGAAGAAGUCUUCAACAACUUUACGUAGAGUUUAUCUUAUAGGACCCGAGAGUCAAGUGGAUGAUGAAUUGUAUGAUUUAUCUAGUGGGAUCAAUGCUUUAGGAUCUUAUGCCAAAAAUAUUCAUCAUUUUGAAAGAGAUAUCCUUCCACGAGAAAUGAAUUCGAUAAUUUAUUUAUUAGGUUCGAUUGGAAGUACUUUAACUAGAUUAGAAAUCGAAUCAAGGUUUAUGAUUUCCUAUGAUGCAUCGAUUAUAAUUUCGACUAUUGGGGAUCAUUGUCCUAAUUUGGAAAUUUUGAACAUAGAUUACUUCAACUUCACUUUAGAAUCUUUUGAAAAAUUGAUUCGAGGGUGCCAAUCAUUAACAAGUUUAUCAAUUUGUAAUUCCAAGUCUGUCAAUGAAGAAACAUUAAUCAAAAUACGACAUUUGGGUGGUGAAAAUUUAAAAUUUUUAAAUAUUUUUGGUUGUGAUCAAGUUAGUUUGGACGCUGUUGAGAAUUUACGCGAUGAGACUCAUAUAGAAGAAGUUGAAUUUAAUACAGAAGUUGAAGAGCUAUAUACCUAA